AUGCGGAGACUCCGCAUCGAAUGCGAUCCUGACAAGUAUGUAUGUAUGUGACGCGAUGAUAGCGAUGCAUCGAGAGAAUCGCUUAUGUGUUCGUUGGGGUGUGUGGGUGUGGUGUGGUGUGGUCGUGUCGUGUGCAGGCGCACCGUGACUUCCCCCCAAGCCUACCUGCCCAUUGACCACUCCGACUGGAUUGCGACCAUGACUGACACCUUCAGCACCAACACGAGCACCACCACCUAGGGCGACACACGCCUCCUCCUGUUGUUCAAGCCCAAAUCGAUGUGUGUAUCUACGCCACAACCACACACACAACAUACUUGCCUGUCUACGCAAGACACGUCUGUCUGUCUGUGUGGUGUGACCGUCAGGUCUAGCGGCGGGCUGCUCAAGUGUGUCAACAGCGCCAUCUCGGCGCUGCCUGCGCCACCCACGUGGGCAUCAGCGGUGCAGCCCAUCAAGAUCUGCCCAGGGCUGGCGGGCGGAGAGGGCGACGAGGUAGCCGUAGUGGAGUGUGCUAGCGAGUUGGACUGGCGUCGGCUCCAGCGAGUUCGGUCGUGACCCUGUCAGCCAUCGUGCGGGAGGACUGGUACGCGAGAGGCCGAGGGGGGUCGACCGGUGUAAUCAGUAGUGGCCGUUUGGUGGCAUUUGUUGGCUGACAGGUACUGGAGCGACUAUGUGUUGUUCACCCAGCUACGGCCCGACAUCGAUGCGGCCAUCACAAAGGGCCACACCAGGUAGGUAUCAAUGAAUGUCCGCAGAGAGAAUCACCAUCCCAACUGCAGUGCACCGUCCGUCCGUCCGUCUGUCUGUCUGUCUGUGGCUGUGACAGUGUCAAGGCGCUCUUGCCGCUUCUCUCGCGCUACCUGCCGCCUGUUGACGACAGGUAUGUCCGUCCGUCCGUCCGUCCGUCCGGAGAAUCAUUCACAGAUACAUCCAUCCAUCCAUAAGCCGCUCUCAUGUCCUUCCUCUGUGCGACUGCGUACCGUUGUGCCAGCAUGAAGGAGCAGUCCAAGGCCCUCAUCACCAGUCCGAUUAUUCUGUCAGUACCACCGAUUCUCCAUGGCCCGCAGCACCACCAGAACCACCACCAGCAGUAGCAGCAGCAGCAACAGCAGCAGCAGCAGCAGCAGCC